AUGCCGCUCUUCAACCAAACUGUUAUCGUCAAAACAGUGCCUGGUCCUUCAGAUGCAGUUUUCCAACACGGCCAUUUAGCCACGAUCGGGCUGGCCCACCUCAUACGUGGAUGCAAGCUUACAUACCACAGUACCAAGAAGGAGGCAUUGUUUGUAGGAUCUGAAGGUACCGCCUCGCAGGGGCGGGACGACGGAGAAGAAGAGCAGAAGAAGACUCCUUCCGACCAGCCGCCGCCAUACGCCGAGCCACAGCCUCAGCCUGCACCUCCGCCCAGUACUGCCAACGUUCAACAGCCAGUGUUGGUGGCGACUGAGGUGGUGAUCGGCCCUGAGUCGUGCUCCCUGGUGUGCCCCUUCUGCCACGCUUCCGUGAAGACCCGGGUGGACGUCGUCAGCAACAGCAGGACACACUGCACCGCCUGCGUCCUGUGUCUGGUGGGAGGCCUGUGUUGCAUGUGGAUUCCUUACUGUAUGGACAGCUGCAAAAGCAAGAUACAUUAUUGCCCUAACUGUGGUGCUUAUAUUGGCACGUAUGACAAAUGA